GAAGUGAAACUCCAGAGACACUCCUGAAAUGUCCUAAGUCAAAGGAGCCAAACAGUGCUCAGCUCCCUCUCUGCCAUCCCCUCUGAGAGCAGGCAUGGCCCUGAGUGAUGUUGAUGUGCAAAAGCAGAUUAAGCAUAUGAUGGCUUUCAUUGAGCAGGAAGCCAGUGAGAAAGCAGAGGAAAUCGAUGCCAAGGCUGAGGAAGAGUUUAACAUUGAGAAAGGACGCCUUGUGCAAAUCCAACGGCUGAAGAUUAUGGAGUAUUAUGAGAAAAAGGAGAAGCGGAUAGAGCAGCAGAAGAAAAUCCAGAUGUCCACCAUGAGGAAUCAGGCAAGGCUGAAAGUCCUGAGAGCCCGAGAUGACCUCAUCUCAGAUUUGCUCAGAGAGGCAAAGCUGAGACUCAGCAGGAUUGUAGAGGACCCAGAAGUCUACCAGGGGCUGCUGGAUAAACUGGUGCUCCAGGGUCUGCUCCGACUGCUGGAACCUGUGAUGAUUGUGCGCUGCCGGCCACAGGACCUCCUCCUGGUGGAGGUUGCAGUGCAAAAGGCCAUCCCUGAAUACAUGACAAUUUCCCAAAAACAUGUGGAGGUCCAGGUUGAUCGAGAGGCAUACCUGGCUGUGAAUGCAGCUGGAGGUGUGGAGGUCUACAGUGGCAAUCAGAGAAUAAAGGUUUCAAAUACCUUGGAAAGUCGACUGCAUCUCUCAGCCAAGCAAAAGAUGCCCGAAAUACGAAUGGCCUUGUUUGGUGCUAAUGCCAAUAGAAAGUUUUUUAUUUAAACCUCUGGGAAGUGAAGCUCGUGGUGAACCACUAAAUCAUAAAGGUCUAAGUUUUUUGGGCAAAGGAAACUAGUGGUGUUUCCUCCUCUUUGAUGCUCUGAUAUUGUUCUGUUUUUCUUCAUGAAAUGUCCUUUAAUAGCUAAAAUGUUAACUUUGAAAUAAAGCCCAAAUUAAUGCCCAGAA